GAUGCCCACAACUCACCCACAUACUUCCAUAUACCAUUCGCAUUUACGCUCUCUUUACCAUCAUGUCUUCCAACAACACCGGCGAGCCAAAUAAGACCACCGGUCAAUACCACUCCACCAAGGGCACCCUCGUCGAGUCCAUCGGUAACCUCACCGGAGCCACAACUUGGCAACAAUCUGGUAAAGAGGAACACGCUCAAGGCGAAACCGAGUACAAGGCUGCUCAAGCCAAGGGCUACGCCGAGGGUGUCACGGAUCGUAUCGGUGGAAAGAAGGAUGCUGUUGUUGGUGCGAUUUCGGGCGAUAGGCAGCAAGAGACCGCUGGCAACGUUCGUCGGGAUAAGGGGGAGGCGCAACAGAACAUCAAUGCACCCCAGUAGAUUCGAACUCACUAUAUUCCUUAUAAUCGGACGCAACGAUGUAUCAUUGACUCGGUUUCUUUAUAGCGUUGUAAUACUAGCAUGAUUUGUGAACUAACCGUUCCUACGCAUAUGAAUCGACUCUAGCGGUUGAAAAUUUUCUGUUCUAUUGGCCUUCAUUUACUUCGGUCGACACAAAUGGUUAACUGAGUUUAUAGCUCGCUGUCCUUGAUCAUGAC